UAUUUCUCUUUUCUUUAAAGGAGCAAAAGGAAAGGGCACGAAAAGUCGAGUGUUUUCUGCCCUUUUUAUUUCCUGUUCUCUCUUCUCUUUGCAGGAUAGCAAACGUCUCGUUUUGAUCGAAACCAUGUCGUCGUCGAAGAAGAUCAUCCUGAAGAGUUCCGAUGGCGAGUCCUUCGAGGUCGACGAGGCUGUGGCUCUCGAGUCUCAGACCAUCAAGCACAUGAUAGAGGACGAUUCCGCCGACAACGGCAUCCCUCUUCCCAACGUGACAAGCAAGAUCUUGGCCAAGGUCAUCGAGUACUGCAAGAAGCACGUCGAACCGGCCAACUCUGAGGACCGCACCUCCGAAGAUGAUCUCAAGGCCUGGGACGCGGAGUUCGUCAGGGUUGACCAGGCCACUCUCUUCGAUCUCAUUCUGGCUGCAAACUAUUUGAAGAUCAAAAGCCUCCUGGAUCUGGGAUGCCAGACUGUGGCGGACAUGAUCAAGGGAAAGACCCCAAAGGAGAUCCAUAGGAUCUUAAAACCCGGGCAAAGUCUUGCCCCGGAGGAAGAGGAAGAGGUCCGUCGGGAGAACCAGUGGGCAUUUGAAUGAUGUAUUGAGUGAUAAUUUUUAGUGGGACUUGGAAACAAAAAUGUGAUUUACAAACAACUUGGUUUAAGGGUUACUAUGUGGGUUCAUAUGUUAGGCAUGUUUGUUUUGGCUUUAUCUUCGCUAUAUACAAUCGUGUAGUGCGUAAGUGUCAUGUAAUCGCUUUAAAAAAGUGUGGGGUUCAUUAUUAAAAAAUUAAUUUCUAUUCA